CAAAAAGAACUGUCUAUUUAACGAGAUCACGCUUUGAUUCUUUUUCCCUCUUUAUUUAUUAUUAACACUCUCCCUACUUAGUAACCUAAAACAAAUCUCUCUCUCUCUCUCAGAUCCAAAAUCAAUCAAUCUCAAAAUGCGCAAAUCCAACGUCCUCUCUCUAACCCUAAUCCUAAUCCUCCUCCUCGUCCUCCUCCAUCAAUCCCCAUUCCUCUCUGCCGGCGAUGACCUCGCCGACCUCGACGAGCUCCUCUCCAUCGACGAAGAAUUAGAAUCUGAAACCAACACAGAAGCUCUCAAACCCUCAGAAGCCGAGAUCUUGAAGCGAGCUCAAAGAGUCGUUCUCGGUCUCAACAACGAGAACGCCAAGAAAGUGAUUAAUGAAAAUGAGUUGGUUCUUGUUUUGGGGUACACUCCUUGGUGCCCUAGGAGUGCUGAGCUGAUGCCGAGGUUUGCGGAGGCGGCGAUGAGGUUGAAGGAGAUGGGGAGUGAGGUUUUGAUGGCGAAGAUUGAUGCGGAGAGGUAUGUGAAGGCGGCCGGGGAGUUGGGGAUUCGAGGGUAUCCGACGAUGAUUCUGUUUGUUAAUGGGACUGGGAGGAGUUAUACUGGUGGAUUUACUGGGGAUGAAAUAGUGAUAUGGGCAAGAAAGAAAACUGGUCAUCCUAUUAUGAGGCUAUCUUCAACAACUACUGCUGAAGACUUUGUCAAAGGGUAUGAGAUAUAUGUUGUUGGUCUCUUUGAGGAGUAUGAGGGAACUGAAUAUGAAGAAUUUGUAAAAGCUGCAACUACUGAUAAUGAUAUCCAAUUUGUUGAGACCAAGGAUUUGACCAUUGCUAAAAUUCUUUUCCCAAACAUAGGAGCUGAAGAGCAUUUCCUAGGCCUUGUCAAAAGUGAACCUGAGAGGUUUGAGAAAUUUGAGGAUAGCUUUCAGGAAGAGAAAAUUUUGCAAUUUGUGGAAUAUAACAAGUUUGCUUUAGUUACUACCUUGACAGAACUUAAUUCUGCCAGAGUCUACUCAAGCCCUAUGAAACUUCAGGUUUUCAUUUUUGCGGAGGCUGAUGAUUUCAAGCCCCAGCAGUUGCUAAUUCAGAAUGUUGCAAGAAAAUAUAAGUCAAAGAUAAUGUUCGUAUAUGUGGAUUCUUCUGAAGACAACCUUGCAAAACCUUUUCUAACUUUAUUUGGCCUGGAACCAGAAGAGCCUAUUGUGACUGCAUUUGAUAACAGGAUUGGUUCCAAGUAUCUGUUGGAGUCAGAUAUUACACCAACCAAUUUAGAAGGAUUUUGCUCGGGGUUACUACAAGGCACUCUUGCACCAUACUUCAAGUCAGAACCAAUUCCAGAUGCAGGUGGAUUGAUUGAAAAAGUUGUUGGCAGGACAUUUGAUGCAUCUGUUAUGAACAGUCCUGAGAAUGUUUUUCUUGAGGUGUAUACUCCAUGGUGUAUGGAUUGCGAGACCACUAGCAAGCAAAUCGCGAAGCUGGCCAAGCAUUUUGAAGGCCAGAAAAAUCUAAAAUUUGGAAGAAUAGAUUUUUCUCUCAAUGAACAUCCAAAAUUGCAGAUAGAUAAUUUUCCGGCUCUCCUUUUUUAUCCUGUUGGGGAUAAAUCAAAUCCGAUCAAAAUUUCCAAGAAAUUGAAUUUGAAGGAGUUGGCGGCCUUCAUUAAAGAAAAUAUGAGAUCAGAAGUCAACAAUGGAGUCUCAAGUAAAGAUCGAACAAAGGAUGAACUAUAAGUGUCAUUAUCGGGACAAAGAGUCUCAAGUAAAAGAUCAAACCAAGGAUGAACUAUGAGCGUCAUUAUCGUGAUACAGGAGUGAGUCAUGAAGAUUCAAACAAUUCUCGUGACCAUAAAAUUGCGAGGAUUUGACUCCCAAUGUCAAUUGUCCUUCAGAGGUUCAGACUUUACAAAUUUUUCCAAUGAUAAUUUAUAAUCAACAAUUAUCAAUUGGUAUAAAGGUCAUAGUAUUGUUAGAAAGAGAUGUAACCAAGUUGUAACUUUUUAGUGUAAAAUGGAAUCAACUAUACUUAUCUAUAGCUGCAGAACUGCGACUGCGUCGGUGUUGCUGUUGAAAUGGAUGGUAGGAUUGAUUAUUCAUCAUCCUUGGAUACUGCAAAUCUGAUUCCGGGAUGGUCUAGCUGUGUUUCUUUCUCAAAUAAAUAAGAGCAAACACUUGUUAAUGUUACCAA